AUGGGCAAAAUUCUUGAUACAGACAAGUUGGGCUCUGUAUUUGGUACCCGGCCAGACAUUCUACAAGGUAUUCAGAAAGCAGCAGACUCUCCCACUCGAAUCGCUUUGUUUAACGAAAUUGCGACACAUGUCUACGAUCAAUUAUUAAGUGGAAGCACGGAACCUGCACACAAGAAGAGAAGAGUCGACGUCCAACAGGCCAAUGGAGCUGCCAACGGCACGAAAGCUCCCGUCAAGACCCAGACCAACGCCGCAGACGAGACUGUUCUGUUGGAAAUAAAGGAAAUCUCCGUUUCCGUGCCUCAGAGGAAGAAGUUUGAGUUGUGUUUUACAGAUGGCCAUAUUUACGCUCGUGCGCCAAACACCACAGCUCCUAUUCCAGCCAUAACAUACGCGUGGUCAGAUAUUGAACAUGUCUUUUACCUCCCCGUUCCCGAGAAGAACCAGGUCCAGCACAACUACGUCCUUUUCCCACGAGGAACAUGUCUCCCCUCCAAGACAAACCCCCCGACCGAAGAGCCGCUCGUUUUUACAGUACCCGCGACAGCGCCCAAGCAGGGUACGAUAGGUGGGCCUGAUGCUGGAAGUGCGGCAGCAGUAUCGGACAACUACAAGUCUCUGUUCCACUGGGCCUUGAACCGCCAUCUCAAGCCCAUUGGUAUUGAUAUCACUUCGGCCAACCCCGGCAAGUUCCAUAGCAUGGUGCGACAGCCUCACCGACCGGGCGAAAAGGCUGUCCAUGUGAAGGCAUUCAGGGGCUCCAAGGACGGAUACCUAUUCUUCCUUGAGACUGGCAUUCUCUGGGGCUUCAAGAAGCCACUUAUGUUUAUUCCUUUGAACCGUAUUGCGGCGACAAGCUUUACCAACAUUCUCCAACGAACGUUCAACCUUUCCGUGGAAGUGUUUGCAGGCGAGGGCGAUGCGACAGAGGAGGUUGAGUUCUCCAUGAUUGACCAAGAGGACUAUGGUGGCAUUGACGAAUACAUCAAGAACAAGCGCCUACAGGAUCGAAGUAUGGCCGAGCAGCGAAAGGCCAAGCUCGAGCUGGCUGAGAACCGCGCAGCAGCCAAGAAGAACGGCGAAGAAGCUGGAGAGGGUGAAGCGGCUGGUGGUGAUAUUUCAGAGCUUGCAAAGGCGCAAUUGGACGUUGAGCAAGCUCUGCAGGAUGAAGAGGAUGAAGAUGAGGAGGAUUACGAUCCUGGUAGUGAUGCGGACUCUGAUGGCUCAGGAGAGUCUGAUGAAGAUGACAGUGACGAUGAUGAGGAUGACGAAGAUGAUGAUGGAGAGGAGGGCGAGGAAGGUGAAGAGGGUGAAGAGGAUGCUGAAGGAGAAGCCGAGGCGUCAGAGGACGAUGAUGAGGAUGUCAAGCCCGAGCCAGAGAUCGUCAAACCUGAGCCAAAGGCUAAGCCCGUACCAAAGGUCAAGGCUGAACCAAAGGCCAAACCCGCGCCAGUACCGGCACCAAAGCCUGUUCAAGAACCUGUCGUGAAAUCAGGUUGGGCAGCAUUGAGAAGCGUCCCUCGAGCACCUGCUCCAGCGGAGAGUAUGGAUUUGGACGAUGAGAAGUUUGACGUUGUUUAA